AUGGGAGAUGAACAUGAGAAGCAGUGGCACUUCACUGGCCACUCAGCAUUUGGCAACCCAAGAGAGAAACCAUAUAAGUGUGGAGGCUGCAACAAGACUUUUACAGUAAAUAAGAAGCUGUUGAUACAUCGGAGAAUGGAAUGUGAGUACAAGUGUCAUCAGAUAAUUACCAGGCACCUAAGGAUGGCAAUAAAGAAGGGUGUCUGGAAAAGUACCCGAAAUCUGGAAUGCUUCACUUGUAAAACUAUUGGCACACAUGAGGGUUCAUACAAAGGAGAACCCUUUUUAAGUGUGAGGGUGUGUGCUACACCAUUUGCUGGGAAAUCUGAUAUAGGAAAACCAUAUGAAGACACAUACAAAGGAAAGACCUAUAGAUGUGAUCAUGCAGUAAAGGAUCUCCGGGGAAAAUCUCAUCUGAGAUUCACAUUAAAGAAUACAUGUAAAGGAGAGGCCUUUAAGUGUGAUAUAUGUAAUAAAAGCUUCUUUGAAAAUUUCGUCUUAGGAAUCACAUGUUAA